CUUCAGAAGGAAUAUAAAAAAUUAGUAUAAAGAAUUAUGGACUGCAGACUUGAGUGCUCAGAAACUCACAGGAAUAAGUGUGCAGCAUGCUUCAGACAGUUCAACAAACUGGAGCACCUUGUGGAGCAUAUGAGGAUCUCAUACCAUUCGGUUCAUGAACCAAUCUGUGGCAUUUGCAGGAAACAUUGCAGGUCAUUUGAGUCUCUAAGGGAACAUCUUAUAGGUCCAUUGCCAAAACAAGAGUGCAGAGAUAUUUUUGCCUACAGAGGGUGCAAGUUUUGCUUGAAAGUCCUUGAUAGCCCUAACUCUCGAAGGAUCCACCAAGAAAAUUGCCAACUCUCUGGAAUAAAUGCUAGAAUACUUGUUGGUCGCUUUUCAAACUUGGGUAUUCGUGAUAAUUUGACUAUUGGUGGGGGAGGAAGAGGACCACAAGUUGUUGCACUAGCUUGUAAAAUGGUUGGUGGUGGCAGUGAUGGUUCAUUGGAUCUCUGUGCAAGAGUCUGCAUAAUCGAUGAGCACGAGAACAUAAUUUUCCACUCUUAUGUGAAGCCAUCAAUUCCAAUCACAAACUACAGGUAUGAGUCUACAGGCAUUAGACAAGAAUACUUGAGGGAUGCAAUGCCAAUGAAACAAGUUCAGAGGAAGAUUCAGGACUUUCUUUGCAACGGAGAACCUAUGUGGACAAUUCGAGCAAGAGGCGGAAAAGCCAGGAUUCUUGUGGGUCAUGGUUUAGAUCAUGAUCUAGAAUGUUUACAAAUAGAAUAUCGAGCAGAAAAAAUAAGGGACACUGCAAAAUACCCUCCACUGAUGAAAACGAGCAAGCUGAGCAACUCACUCAAGUACUUAACACAAGCAUAUCUUGGGUAUGACAUUCAAACUGGGAUACAGGAUCCUUACGAUGAUUGUGUUGCAACAAUGAGGCUCUACAUGAGAAUGAGAUCCCAAGUACACAAAAUAGAGGAUUAUCCAUUGGCAUCCGACGCUCAGAACAGGAAUAAUUUUGCUUCGUGGAGGCAAAGUGAGCUUGAAAGAAUGACUCCUGAACAAAUGCUAGAAAUCUCAAGGUCUGACUACUACUGUUGGUGCUUGGAUUCCUUAUAUAGUCCCUGAAUAAUAGAAAGCAAUAUAGAUCAAAGCUGAAGCUCAUGCACGUGAGGGAAUUGAUUAGUACUAUCAUAUCUAGCACCUAAUUGUAUGUUAGUUGCUAAACAUCUCUAUGUAAUAAUAAUCAAUAUAGCACUUUUAACUAUGUAUGAUGGAUGGCCAUCUCCAAACUCCACAAAUAUAG